CUAUUACAAAUGUUACUACUACUACUGCUACUACUACAAAACUUCUACUACCACUACUACUGUUACUAUUAUUAUCGUUACUUUCCAUCUCUGUCUCUUUCUUUUACCCCGUACAAAUGCGCGCGUCUCAUCCUUAGAAUAUCGUACAACAUUCAUUGCCACUUCAAUGAUACAACGUUAGAUCUCCACGUUUAUUCUGCGUAUAUCUAUUUCUAUUUUCUUCGACUUCUUCUCAGGUCAAGUUAAUCGUCUUUGGUUUCCAUGAAAUUGCUUCUGAAAUACUUGAAAAUCUUUGGUAUGGAAGAUACACACAUUGCUGAAUUCUUGGUAAUUGGCUCUUGGUUCGUUUCUUUGAAGAUAGAAGAGAGAAGAGAGAGAGAGAGAGUCUCUUAGCAAGAUGAAGUAACGGAUAGCACUGUACGGGAUUCAUGGCAUACUUAAGCACUACUAUCGUAGGUGGUAGAAAGAUUUAAUGUUGAAAGAAAGAACGUAUGCUAUAUAUUACUGGUAUUCGGUAUUACGAAGAAAUUUCAAAACGUGUUUCGGAGCUUAGGGACUCGAGUUUCAACAUCAUUGAGAAAGCUUCCUUCGAGAACGAGUCUUAUCAAAGAGAAGAGUGUCUUCUUCAAAGAUAUCAUUUAAUAUAUUAGUAUGUAUUUCAUUUUGGAACGACGAAUAAAUAAUCUCGUCAAUGUUAGAAGAAACAGGAAAAUCUAGGUUGGGAUCAAGGACCAACGGCCUCUGUCGUUCUACGGUACUCUACAGGGUUGUGGUGUACUAUAGUAUACUAGCACAGUAAUAGUAGUAGUAGCAGCGGUAGUGUAGAACUUGGAGAAGACCGUUCGACGGAAUGGAAUUCAGUGAGGAUCGUUGAGGCAUUCGGCCUAGGGGUACCGGUACCGCUUCCACGCGAAUCUUGCCAAUGUUCAGUCUCUACGUAUCGACGGGUUUUACAAACUCCGUUGAAAAAAAGGUACCUUCGAAGUAGAUCCUCCUUCUUCUCGUCCACCUCCUCCUUUUUUAGAAAGAGAAAGAGAAAGAGCAAGAGGGAGAGACCUGGAAAUGAAGUCGAGACGGAAGAGGAAAGGUGCGUGGCGAAGGAUCGAAAGAAGAAAGCGAAGAGGAGGAAUAAGAGUACGAGGGGGAAAGGUAAAAAAUAAGGGCCUCCUUCCGCGAGGCGAGCGAACCGGCUCGUACUCGAUAGCAUCUGCGGCUUCCCUCGACAAUAAUAGUGCGGACCAAGAAAUAUGCGCGCGAGCGAGCGAGUCUCCAUUGGCAUGGCUUUGAUGGUCUCUCUCUUUCUGCCUCUUUGGAGAGAGCAGUUGGUGCUCUUGUUGCUGUUGGUCUUGGUGCUGCCGUUGGUACUGGCAUUGGUACUGGUAUAGCUGGUGCUGAAGAGUGGCACGGAGAAGGAGUAUGUAGAGGUACAAGUGUGUUAUGCAGUGCUAUGCUAUCCGGGGUGGUAGUGGUGAGGGUCGACGGGGCCCAGUCAGGGCCCCAGAAAUUCCAACAAGGACAGGGCAUAAUGCGCGACUCAAGGUCGGUUCUACUACUCUCUGGGCUCUCCCGGAGAUGGGAGCACGUUCAGCAGGGUCGUACCGUGACCUCGCCGUUCUCCCACCACCACUGGAAUCACUAACAUCACCACCACUACUACCGCCACCACCACCACCACUAGUAUCAUCAUCAGCACCACACGGGGAUCGCCAGCUACGACAGGAUCGUGGGCCUAUGCCCGCGGCGCCCUGCAUUUCACAUUCCACGCCGAUUAAAAGAACGCGCACCCACUAGAAUGCCAAAGGUGCUCCCCAACGCCGCGAGAACAGGGUCUUCUUUCCCAACGCAGUAGGGCCUCCUGCGUUUUUUGAACGAUUCGAUUUGCUUUGGAAAAGCUUGCCAUUUCGAUAUGGCUAAGAAUUCAACCUCGACGUAUUCAGAUUUCAUAGACCGUUUUGUAAUGGCGCUUGUCAUUUGCGAUUCCUUAACAAACCUCUGUUCUAAAGUAAAAGAGGCAUGUGGUUUAAAUACGCUCAUGUAUCUGUCUUGCAACUUUUGAAAUGUCGUUUGUAAUUAAUUCCUUCGAUGGAAUAGUUGAUCCCUGUCCUGUCAGCAUCGAUUAAAAGUUUCUCAUGUCACGUCAGACAUAUCUUAUUAAUUAUAAUUCGUUCAGAGACAAUCAACGGAAUGAAACGUUUUCAGGCAUUGAAUACCGAUAUCACGAUUUUGAAUAGAAACGAGCCAAUGAGUUUAGAGGCGUAUUUCCGGUAGCUCAUCGCCAUGGUAUCCCCCGAAAGAGCCUUUUGUUCGGCUUAGUUCCUCCUCCUAGAUAUAUUCGGUCGGUUGGAGAAGAAUGGAUGGGAGGGAGGUGGCACGGAGUUUACGUUGGGACGGUCCUGUGGGGCCGAGGAGAUGAGGACCGCCUUUUUAUAGUGGGUAAGAAACAGGCAUUUGAGGCCGCCACGAAUAGAGGGAGAACGAGAGAGACAGACAGACAGACAGACAGAGAGAGAGAGAGAGAGAGAGAGAGAGAGAGAGAACGAGUGAGAGGGGGUAAGAGGAAGAAUACGCAGAAGAAGAAGAACCACGGAGAAGAGAGCGUCUUGGAGGAAGAAGGUGAAGUAAGAAGACGAAGAAGAAGGAGUCAGCUGGUGUUGAUGGUGGGGAGAAGAAGGAUAAAGGGGGGAGGGAGGUAAGAAGGAAGCAGAAGAAGGAGUAGUAAGGGAAGAGAGAGAGAGAGAGAGAGAGGACUCGCGCUGCAAGAAGCGAAGGAAGAGAAGGCAAAAAAGGGAAAAAGGUGGGAUCCCUUAAAAAUUGAGACCCACAGAGGUGGGGAUCGGAAUUUCGGGCCCCGUAAACCGGCCAGUCUCGAAAAGGCCUUCGCGAAGAUGAGGUGAGGAGAAGAGGAGAGACACGCGUUCGACGGCGUUGCGAAAGAGGAGGUAGAGGAGAGAGAAAGAAGUGGAAGAAGAGGAGGAAUGGUGGAGUUGCUGGUGGAGGAGUAAGAAGUAAACGAAGAAGAAGAAGAAGAAGAAGACGACGAAGAAAAGGACGAAAAGGAAGAAGUAGAAGAAGAAAAAGAAGAGAAAGAAGAAGAAGGUAAAGGUGGAGGAGGAGAAAGAAGAAGAAGAAGAGUCGAAGGUGGAGGUGGCGGAGGAGAAAGGAAACAUCGCGUAGCGUGAGCUUCGUGGCCAGUACUCUGUGUACCCGGCAUGGACCGUCAGUACACUCUCUGUGUACUCGUACCGGCGCACCAGUACCGCACGUACGUCGAUAAUUAUCAUCAGCAAUACCACCAUCUAAAUCAUCGAUUCGUCCAACAACGUCAGCAACAACGUCGUGACAUUCAACAACAGCAGCAAUACUUUCAACAUCAACAGGAACAGAUUUACGAGAACGUUGUCUCUCAGUAUCGGAUGAGAAUGUGUUACCACAACGAUUAUGAGAACGACGAGCAGAUCCAACGUUUUUAUUGGGAACAGUGUCAUCGGCAGGAUGACACAGACGCUACUGCCUAUUACUAUUGCGAAUAUGCAAAGAAGGAAAUUUACGACGUGAAGCAACAGAGGCUGUGUCUGGCUCAGGAUGAGUACAAUCACCUCAACAACGCUCUAACGACGCUUGGUGCAUCGCGUACCAGCUUAUGUUCCAGCUCGAGUUCGUUGAGCACCAAGUACGAUCCAGAUCUACUGAAAUCCGAUGUCGCGCUCGCGAGGAGCCGAGUGUCCCGGCUUAAACGAGAACUCGAACAAAUUCGAGCGGAGAUGAACUGCACGCAACGAGGAGUCGACACACUUGCUAGCGUUGAACAAAAGUUGAGCGGUCAUCAUGGAGGUUGUUACAAUAUUACGGAAGCUCAGGCGAUCAUGACAGAGCUACGUAAUAUCCAAAAGUCUUUGAGUUCCGGUGAAAAGGAGAAGGCCGAGUUGAUGCAAUCGCUGGCGCAAUUAAAAGACGAGUUAACGAGGCUGCAGCUCUGCGAGGGUAGCCCGGAGGCUAGUACUCUGAGUUUACCUCAGGAGAAGCUCAGCACCGCCUCUCAAACGGAUCUUUCCGGCGAGUUGGUGCCAAUUGGUACGAGGCUUGCUGAAAUGGCGAGAAUGAGGCUACAGUACGACGAGGCGAGGAAGAGGAUACAACAUAUUCAACAGCAGCUGGCCGAUCUUGAAGAGAAAGUGACUCCUGGUCAAACGGAAAGCGACAAGGACAAGCUGCUACUCUUUCAGGAGAAGGAACAGUUGCUGAGAGAGUUGCGUAGCAUAACUCCAAGGACGAGGACUCAACAGGACAUGAAGAAGAUACAGUGCGAGAUACGACGUCUCGAGCAGGAUCUUAACAACGCCCUGGAGUUGUCGAACAAGACGAUCACGGAUCGAGUUAGAUUGCACGAGGAGAAGCAAAUGUUGCUUCAACAGCUGAGAGACGCUUUGCGUUCGAUGGCGAUGUUGGAGGGACAAUUAAAGAGUCUCAGUGCUAGUACGCUAUCCGUGAGCAGUAGUUCGAGCCUCGGUAGCCUUAGUACGACGAGUAGUAAAGGGUCUCUCAGUUCUGGACUUAGUUUCACCGACAUUUACGGUGGACCACAGUGCUUGGGAUCCGUCAGCUCGCAACAAGAUCGACCAGUCGAUAUGGUUGAUUUACACAGGCGUGUCGAACGAUUGCUGAGAGGCUCGGAACAGAACAAUCACGUUAGUACGCCUUCUCCGGGUAGAUCUCAACCCAGUCUUUCGCCACGGUCGAGUCUUUCGAGCGUUAGUCCACCGGUUUCGCCUCUUUACGAGAAUGCUCCUAUGGGUCCACCACCUGCAUACGAGCAAGUGGAACUACAGAGGAGACAACAGAGAUCAGCCUUAUCGUCGAGUGUUCCUUCCUGUGCUCAUUUGGAUGGCAGUCAGCUCGAGGACAGACUGGCCGAACUCAGGCUAAGUCAGCAACAAAGCUCGUCUCAAGAGCAAGCUGCUCUUCCUCCACACGAUCGCCUCAAACUCGUCGUUGGGCCCCAUCCUCCCGUCGAGUUGCAAUCAGGCAACAUGUCCCAAGGCAGCGGCCUAGGUAGGCCUGCUGCAACCCUUCCUGGAUGUACCAUGCAAUUACAAGAACCACCACCUUUAUCGCCUAUCAGCGAGACACCACCGCCCACGGGUAUACGUUCUAGGGCUAGUAGUUCUGGCACGAAUACCAGAUCCGUAUCCGCUGCUGUUUCCGACGAAAGCGUUGCCGGUGAUUCGGGUGUCUUCGAGGCGUCGAAUCGUCGAAGACUUUCUGGAUUGAUCGGAGAUGUCGAUCCUCUUGUAUCUGGUGAAAUGAGUUUAGAAACGGCCCAAGUACAGAUUAAGCUUAGGUACUCUAUGAGCGAUGGCCUCCUUCAUAUUGGCAUCGAACGUGCACGAAAUCUGGCUGCCCUUUUUAUACCGAACAAUGCACAAGUAUAUAUAAAGGCUGCGUUAUUGCCGAUGCAACCACCUGUUAAUCAAAUGUGUUGUACGAAAGCAGUGACGGAUCUUCGAAAGCCAACAUUCGGCGAAACCUUUCCGGUUGCUGUUCCUUUGAACAAGCUCUAUACAAAGACGCUGCAGGUAAAUGUUUGGUGCAGCGGCAACGAGUUUGAGGAGUGCUUGGGGUCCGCCCAAGUCUCGCUUGCAGACUUCAGUCCAGAGUCGCCGAGCGUAAAAUGGUACAACAUACUUUCCUUUCGCUUCAUGCAGCCGUCCGAUAGUCCUAGUACCAGUACUGGUAAUAGUGCUUCAACCAGUAUAGCGAAACAGGCUAAGCACGACAAACAGGAGUCAGAUAUUUCGGUUUAUCGUGGAACGCAAAAUACCAAGGAAGAAAGUAGCGACGAAAGUACCAUCAUUAGUUCUCAAACGUCGACGUUGACGAGAAAUCAGGGUUGCGAUGAACUCCAAACCGCUGUAUCUUUGAGGCUAGAAGAACUAGCCAAUUGUUUGGGUAGCCCGGAAGAAGAAGAUGAGGAUGGUGGUACCGACAGUGGCAGCGAAGACAGCGAAGAAGAAGGUAUCAUCGUGGAGUUCAUGAUGGAAGAUAACGUUCUGGAGGAUGUUUUAGAGCACGAGGAGGAAGAAGAGCUUAACGAAGAAACAAGAAGGACUCAGGAUAAAGAGACCAACACUGAAUGUAUUUUUAUCCCGGAGCAAGGCAAACAGAGAAAGCUUUCGGCAGCUGGCAUGGUACCGGGUGCUAUUCACGACGAUAAGAAUUCUAUCGUGAUAAAGAGAAGUCAAACGUUUUCACCGAGUGCUGCUGUCAGCAAGAAUCAUUACAUCUGUCGUCUUAAUCGAAGCGAUAGCGACAGCAGCAUGCCUCUCUAUCGUAGAGGUGGACCCUUCCAACGAAAUUCCGUAGAAAGGCGUUCGUUACGUUGGAGGCGACCGUCGUCAGCUUUAAGUUGUAAAACAACAUCCAAGAAGUCCAGUCAUUUGCCUCCAACCGCCAGGACCUCGUUAGAUCUCGAGUUAGAUCUUCAAGCGCAACACGCCAGACUGAACAAUCUUCAGGACGAACUUAGCAGGUUGCGAGAAUUAAAACAACGAUUGGAACAAGCACGCGAGAAGGGAGACACGGAUCUGGCCAGUUGGUUAUUAGAGGAUCACAAGUUCCAAAAUCUGAUGGCACAAGCUGAGAGUGGUAGGAACGGAAAGAGUGCGGAAGAUAAGAAGGUAGAGAAGAUGUUGAAGAAAACGUCGAAGGAGAUAUAUAAGUUGAGAAAGACAAAGGCCGGUAAAGGGAAACCCGACAUUAUAUCUUUUAAAGAAAAAAUGGCAUUCUUCACGCGUGUCAACGUGAACGUUCCUGCUCUCCCACCAGACGAUUUACCCCCAGAAAGUUCAAUGAUGUCCACAGACACGUGCUCGAUAUUGCACAGGAGAUACAUGUCCGAACCAGUAAGCAGUGAAAGUGUUUCAGACAUGUCCACGCGAUUGAACAUUGGAAACACAAUCGCUAUGAGAAGCAGUGCUAGUGCCAUGGGUAACGAUACUAGUGCCGGUAUCGUAGGUUUGACAGAGGACCGUUUGGCAAACGGUGGCACCACGAACAAAAGCGUCAAUUCGAAAGGGCGGCCGAGCGAUCAUAGCUCGCGUGCCACGGAGAAUGGUCAGAAAGAAGACUCGAAAGGCUCCGAGGAUAAUGGCAACGGGGAGCCAAAGAGAUAUGAGUAUGUCGUUGAUAGGGUUCUCGGCGUCGAAGUUUAACGUUCAGCCUUCUUUUCAUCUUUUUCUUCUUUCCUUAUACCUUGAUCUUAAAACGUUCACUGUCCAAUGAUCACGAUGAUUAUUAUUAGAUAUUAAUAAUUCUCGUUAUUUUUCUUGAAUUGUGAUCAAAGGUCUGUUAACCUAUUUCUAGACCAAAAGGAUGACGAACGUGUUAAGUAUCGAUACGACGAAUAAUUCUCUUAGUCUCGAUUUGGUACUCGAGCAGCGCUAAUGCGCCAACUUUCAAGACAUCGUUAUGCGAACGUUAAUGCGUAAAAAGCGACGAUGGCGAGGAUUUUAGGAAAAAAGUUGACUUUUUUGCGUUCAAUCGAUCUUAGGUGCCAUGCGAGAGGAUAGUUUGUAAAGGGUCAUAAAAAAGUAAUUCUAUUUAUUUUUUUAUUAUUUUCUGUUUCUUUUUUUCUUUUUUUCGACUAACAUAUCUCGUUACCGUCGCUUAAUUGACCCGAUGCCGGCGCUCAUCAACGUUUUCUUUUUGUUUUUUCUUCACAUGGGCCGAUUUGCGGAGUAGAAGGAAUGUGUUUAACUUAGAAAAAGCGUUCUGUGUGUGUGUAUAUAUAUAUGCGAGACAAUUAUAAGUUAUUUAAACGACGAGAUUCGCCGAUAUAAAUCUAUAAUUUAAUUUGUUAAAUUUGAUUCGCGUCUUCUUCGCGUUCUUUCUUUUUUCUUUUUUUCUUCUUUUCUCUUUCUUCUUCUCCCUCCCUUCUCUCUUUUUAUCUAUUUUUCUUUUUUUUUCUUUCUUCCUUUUGGCUGUUAUUCCGUUCGUUUUCUCUGCGAAUCAGAGCACACGACCCACCGAGCGCAGCUGGUCUGCGAUUUGAAAAAAGUUAGUAAUUAAAAAUAAAAAGGAAAUUGAAAGAUUAUGCCCUGGUUGGCUGAACUUCGCUUUGACUCUCGGCACUGCCAUUUUCGUAACGUUGUUGUAUUUGUUUUUAUUAAAGCGGUUUUAUUUCGGAGUCUCAACGAGAAAGACUCAACGACAAAAGUGCCUUUAAAAUAAAUGUACACACCGCUCAAGAUGUAUAAUUUAUUUUUUUUCUUUUUUAUCGUUUACCACUGACCGUUCUCCAACAAAAGAAUAAGAAAAACGAGACAAAAAAGAUUACAAGAAAAAAAAACAAACAAACAAACAAACAAGAAGAACAAAAACAAAGAGAAUAAGAGAAAGAACUUUUUAAAGUUUAUCGAUCAAAUCGACACGUUGGAACAAUGUAUGUAUGCGUGUAUGCUUUAACGAUCGGCCCAUUCGUCGGGAACGUAACAUUGUAAAUUUUUUCUCGCCGAGACUCGGUCGAUAAAACAGAGUAUGAGAAGAAAAAAAAACCACAAAUUCGAAAUUUUCGAAUACGACGUUGUAUGUAUAACGAGUGUAUGUAAUAAUAUUAUCGUCGUGUCACUUCGUAGUCGAAUUAUCGUCGUUAUAACGACGAAUAGCACGCGUUCAUUCAAUGAUGGUACCCCGUGGCCAUAUAUUGCGUUGUUGUAUUGUAAUAUCGAGAAACAAGAUGGAGGGACAUAGCGAAAUUUGUAUCGAACGAUCUUGUAAAUAAUUUUGUAAAUAGAUAAUCGACAAUCAUGUUUUAACGCGCUUAUAAAUAUACGUGUAUAUGUAUUAUAUAAUAAAAUGCGAAAAGCGUGCGCCCGCGUUCGCGUCCGCGCCCAAGAUAUUUACGUACAACACAGCGUACGUAUGUGUAUGUGUAUGCACGCAGCGAAUGGGGAGGUAGGAGCGAUGGCGAAUUUGCCUUGUUUAUGUACCUCGCACUUCGUAUAUAUUGUAUUAUUUCUUUUUUUUUUUGUCCUCGAACGAGAGAGAAAAAGAUCAGAAAAAAACGAACAUUUUCUCGUCGCUUGAGAUGAAAGCGAAGAAAAAACACGUAUUAUUAUUAUUAUUUCUCCUUACUGAAGUGCCCGAUCUAUUACACUCAUGUAUUUAAUUAACGUUAUGUUUGUAUUAUUUAGCACGUUACUACGGAGUAUAAGUACGAUAAUGAUAAAAAUGAAUCAUGAUAACGAUAAAAUUAAGGACGAUUAUAACGAUAAUGAUACUUCUCUUCUUUCUUUCUUUCUUUUUCAUAAAGAAAACAACAUUACACGCAUUACAGACACGUACAGACUCUCUCACUGAAAGGAUCACAAUUUACAGCAUGAUUUGUAAGUAACGGUUCGUAUGGUAAUGAUUAAAAAGAGAUAAAUACAAGUA